UGUUAAACUUGCGAUUGAAAAAGUUUUGUUUCGUUGCGGCGGAUAUUACUAAUUACCAUGGAUAAGUUGAAGGAACAAGUUGACGGAGCAACAUUCCGUAAAUUGGAAGCUCAAAAGUUUACAAACAAUUCGUUGAUGCACGUCAAUACGCGGCUUCUGGAGGAGAUCGGAAUCGUUGAGAAGGGUCCACAGGUUCUCAUUUUAAGUGUGGCGGCCGAACUAAAAGAAGCCCAAGCAGGAGCGCAUUCCAUUGCACCAGAGCCAUCGACAUCUCAAAGUGGACCAUCGCAUAGAGCACUUGUUCCUUCUUCUGAAUCAGUAACACUGCGACAAAAUUUGGAACGAGAUGCUAUAUGUCGAGGUAUUCUGUAUAAGAAGAUUGAUGCUGGAAUUAUACCAAACCACAAAGAGUUGUUGUCCAUGGUACGCACGCUGUGCAAUGGCAUGGCAUCGAAGCUAUUGAAUGAGAAUAUCUACCCGUCUACUGAGGAGAAAAAAAAUUUGGCGAAGAAAAUUAUUGAGACGUUUCCUUUACUGGCCGCCACCAAAUUGAUCGACAACUCCCCGGAUUAUUCAUACUUUUUCUGGAAGAACGCUGGGAAAGGACCAAACCACGAACACUCCGGACUGAUUCACACACAUAUGCGGAACAGAGCAAAAAAAUUGAAACCAGAGGAGAAAAAAUUCAUCCACAAAAAGAAGGGCGAAAAAAUUUGCAACGUUUCUGACGAAAUUAUGGAACUGGCGGGUGAAUGUUCUCAGAAGGAUGGAACUGCUGCCAAUUUCAACGUUAUCAUCAAGUACAUGGAGCAAACACACUCACUUUAUCUUAUGAUGAUUCAGAACAAAAAAGGAUUUCAGUUGAUUCUACAAACGUUCCCACAUUUCAAAUCAUUCUAUGGAGUAAUGAUACAAAAAACUUAUGAGCGUAUUACACCAAACUAUGAUCGCGAUUGCAUCCUUGCGCGAGUUUUCGCUAGAGGGCUGAUGUUCGAGCAAGACAUGUUCGUAGGAGUACAAGACGAUAACCUUCGGGGAUGCUUGCGGGUCAUGGUGAUGUUGACGCGCAGAGGAGUGAAACACCAGAAUAAAAACAUCGACAACAGUCUAAAUAUAGAGCAUCAGCUUGCAUCGGAUCUGAUUCGUUUUGUACCGGAAACAGAAUCGUCCAUUGGUGAACAGCUUGCUAGAUAUGUCGCCUAUUUCCACGAACAGCAUGCUCCUGUUGCCCCUCAUAUCAUCUGCAAAGGAGCAGAAUAUUUUUUGUUUAUCGCUGGCGAAUUGAUCGAAUGUGGAGAGAGUUCAGUGCAAGCGUUGGAUGUUUUCUUCAAAUGCUUCAUCGUCUUUGACAUACCGGUUCCAUCUCCGCUACAAAAAUUGCAUGAUCUGGUCGAGAUUUCAUGCUAUAAGGUUCGGAAACAUAGCACGAGACAGUCCGUUAACAGACUGUGCGGAAUGCUAUUGGAGUCCUGCAAGGCGGAAGAGGCUUGAUUGUGCUCGAGUAUUACCGGACAAUAUGACAAAAACGUCACCAUCAAUGUAAAAGUUAAACCAAGCAAUAACAUGCUUUGGAUUUCUGA